AUGCGUACGAGAUCGUUAGAAAGAGAACGGGGCAUCAACUUCACACAAGAGGAGAGAGAGAGCGAAAGAGAGCACAUGGUUCGUAACUUGAGCGAACGUGGGGGACCAGCAAAACUUAGAGCUUACUGGGAAGACAAGAUACACAUUGUCGUCGAACGAAAAGGUCAAGAUACCCCAGUGUACAAAGUAAAAUCGGAAGGAGCAGAAGGAAGAGUACGUGUUCUUCAUAGAAACCUGCUUCUACCCUGUCACUUUUUGGAGCAACAAUCAGCAAACAAAGGGAACAAAAGGAAUAGUAGAAAUCGGAAAAAGCGACCUGUCAAAACAUCCCACGUUACUGAUGAAGCAAUGAAUGAAGCACGAGAAUCCGACACGGACGAAGAUGGCUACUCAGAUAUAAACUUCGAAGAAUACAGAUCGGCCCAGAGACCAGAACCAGUCGUAGUACCAGAUGUAGAGAUUAAUGGAGACAUUCCUAACGAAGGUCCUCAUCUGGUGAAUGUCAAUGGCCAAGGUGGAGAAGAAUUAAACGGAGAAGUUCUUCCCCACAAUGAAAUCGGAAACGUAAAUGCACCAGUCCAAAACGAAAUGGGCGAGAACGAAGUCCAACCAUGGAAUGACGAAAAUAUUGAGGACCCUUGGCCAGCAGAACGCCCGCAACGAGUAAGACAACCACCGGUACAAUUCGGAUAUAAUCAACCGGGAAACCCAGCAUUAUUUUGUCAAGCUGUUAAUACGAAUCUGCAACCUUGGCCGAUGACCCCUUACCCACGUUGGAACCCAGGAUGGUUACCACCACAACCGCAAUUUUCGUCACCGAUCGCGAUGCAGUGCCCUUGGCAAAUCUUUCAUCCGCCGAUGUGCAACGCAUCAACGCCGUUUUACCCCACUGGACCAGUAGGAAUGUGGUAA